GUUAGUUCUGAGUUCCCCAGGCAGCUUCCACACUUGAAGAACCUGGCAGCUGGGUUUCUUGAAUGCUUCCUAACAGUGUUUUUCAACCUUGGGAAAUUUAAGCUAUGUGGAUUCCUCCCAGAAAUCACUACCCAUCAUGCUUGUCCAUGGUGCCCAUAUUCUCAUCUCAAAGGAUACAUUCUGCUGACCCUUGACAGGUUAGCUUUUUAUAUGCAAGGAUUUCUUUGCUUUUGGACAGAGGACCGAUCUGCCUGGGCACUCAGAAAAUAUUGAAUAUAGGGACUCUUGCUGGAACAGGGAAGGUUGAAUUAGAAGACCUCCAAAAUCCCUUCCAACUCCGCUGAUGAAAUGAUGAUCAAAAGCUAACUGUUGGAUUGUUUCAUUUCUCCCAUCUUCUCUGUCCCGUAGGAAAAACAUCCACCUUUUUGGGGGGUGAAAAAGAAAAUCCCAAUUACUUCUCUGACCAACGAGCCAGUUUGGGGGAAAAGAAAAAAGUUUCCUGGGACAAAUCCACAGAUUGACCUGUGUUUGCAAGCUUUCCCUUUCUGCAUUUAGGAGAAGAGAAAGAAGGGAGAAGGUGAUGACAGCACUGAACGCCUUGAGUGAGGUCCAGGCAAAACACGUGUGGGGAUUUUCCCCCAAGAAACUGGGAAGGGAGAUGCUACAGAUGGACGCAGAGUUACCCCAACGUUGGCAAGACUUGAUCUCAACAACCACAGGCUCUCGGCACCCCAGCUGGGGGGGCAGCCAGAGCCCCGAGGAGCCCACCCCGUGGGACGACCCCAAGGGUUUCCUGGCCUCCUUUGAACAAGUAGCUGAGGCCUGCCGGUGGCCCCGGAAAGAAUGGGCCGCCCGGCUUCUGCCUGCUCUCCGCGGAGAAGCCGAACAAGCUUUCGGUAACCUGGUGGCUCGAGACCGGCAGGAUUAUGGGAAGGUGAAAGCCGCCAUCUUGCACCGGGACGCCCUGAGCCGGGAGAAACGAAGGCAGCACUUCCGCCGUUUCCACUACCAGGAGGCUGAGGGUCCGCGCGGGGUUUACAACCGGCUCCAGGCGCUGUGCCGUCAGUGGCUGAAGGUGGAGAGGCACUCCAAAGAGCAGAUCCUGGAGCUGCUGAUCCUGGAGCAGUUCCUGACCGUCCUGCCUCCGGAGAUCCAGAGCUGGGUGCGGGAGAGAGGCCCUGCGUGCUGCGCCCAUGCGGUGGCCCUGGCCGAGGAUUUCCUCUGGAUGCAACAAGAGUCUUUGAGAUGGGAACAACAGGAUUCCGCAGCGGCUGUUCCCUCAGCCAAGGCAGAGCUGGACUCCCCUGACAGCGGAGGGAUUCUCCCAAGGCCGUUCGUGGAGGAAGAGGAGAAAGCUGGAAAUUCGCGUGCAGGUGACGUCCGGCAGAUUGAGAAUGGCAGGGGACUUUUGAAAGUUGCCCCCGACCGAGCUGAGCUGCCAAAGCUGGAAGAGAUUCGCCCGCUGAGGAAGACAAGGAGAAAUUACCUCACGGAGAAGUGUAAGAAAAACAUGGCUUCCCAAGCGGCGGGAUUCCAUAACUCGUCCCUCCCCGAAGAGAAGCCGAACGAAAAGAGAAAAUACAAGUGCAACGUUUGCGGGAAGUUCUUCAGCUAUAAGUCGAGUCUGAAGAUCCACCUGAGAAUCCACACCGGGGAGAAACCCUACAAGUGCUUGGAGUGUGGGAAGAGCUUCAUCCGUAGCGACCUCCUGGCCUGCCAUCAAAGGAUCCACACGGGGGAGAAGCCCUACAGCUGCUCCUUUUGCGGCAAGAGCUUCUGCGACUUGUCCACGCUGAUCAAGCACCGGAGGAUCCACACGGGCGAGAAGCCGUACAUCUGCACGGAGUGCGGCAAGAGCUUCAGCCAGAAGGCGAUCCUCAACUCCCACCAGAGGAUUCACACGGGCGAGAAACCCCACAAAUGCGGCGAGUGUGGGGACAGCUUCAGCCGGAGCACUUACCUGGCUUCCCAUCAGAGAGUCCACCUGGGGGAACGGAUGACUCAACGUGCAGAUUGUACCCUCCCGGAUCAGCCCAAACUGAUUCACUCCCCCAUCGUCCUGGUGGAGGAGAAGGCCCAUCAAUGCCCCGAAUACGGUCAGAAGUUGAAGCAGCGUUCGCCGUGCUUGGCCCACCAAAGGAUGUACGCCUUGGGAAAAACUAUCAGCGUUUUCGAAUGCGGAGACAAGAUUCAGUUGGAAGCCGUGGCUUGCAAGACUUCGGAGAAGCUGAGCGAUUAGCCAAACGGCUGCUCGCUGUUGGCGAGGGGAUUUUUAUUUUUUUUUCUCCCGGCGACUGGAGAAAUUUCCAAUCCAGCUGGCGUUAAAGCAAUAUGGGGAACUACCGCAGUUGCGUGGGGGGUGGGGCAAAAGAUUUGAACACUUUGUCCCCUUUCUUUGUCCCUUGCACUAAGGAGUGACAAGGUGCUACUUU